AUGUCUGCCUACUCGAGCGAUUCGGAUAAUGGCAGGUUUCGCCGCCAUCCUCCUCCCCCACGCAUGAGCGAACCGAAACCCAGAAUUAAGAAGCAAACUCUACCACCUCAGGAGACAAUUAACCAGAUCUGGUCGAAAUUCUCUGCUCCGAAAUUUAGCAAGACGACGACUAUCCUACCUCCGGCGAGCCAUUCUAGCUCCAACCCCUCAGAAUCCGAUCAGGCUCCACCGGCCGGCCGAGCCAAUCUUCUUGUAUCCGAAGGUUAUGAGCGAGCGGCCCAAGAAUGUAGAACGAGGGUUAGGAAGCUUGUCAAAGAGUGCAGAAGAGUAAACAUGCGGUAUCGCGAUCCAGAGUUCGAUAUUGAAUGGGACUUGGAACUAGGCAAAGGGCACUGCUUGAAUGGUCUCGGGCAAGCCGAAUUCCGUAUUAAUCAACGAAGAUUCGCGACCCCAACCCAAGUCCCUCCCAGGUCUGUUAAAAGGGUAGGCCGGAUCUUCGAGAAACCAACAUUCUUGAAAGAAGUGUCACCCGCAGAUGUUCAACAAGGGGGUUUAGAUAAUUGCUGGCUGCUGGCAAGCGUGACGGCAUUGGCCAACAUGAAAGAUGGCAUUCAACGUCUUUGCGUUGACUACGACACCAAAAUUGGUAUCUAUGGGUUUGUAUUUCACCGGGAUGGCGAAUGGAUCAUUUCCAUCAUCGAUGAUAAAUUAUAUCUCAGGUCUCCGGAUUGGGACUCGCCGUCCACUCAACGGCAUCUGCUUGAGCAAACCGGUCGAGAGGAUCCAGAGAAAGCAUACCGGAAAACGUACCAGACAGGCUCGCAUUCUUUAUUCUUUGCACGUUGCCGGGACCAGAAUGAGACCUGGCUUCCAUUACUUGAGAAAGCAUAUGCGAAAGCUCACGGAGAUUACGCGGCUUUGAAUGGAGGAUGGAUUGGUGAGGGCAUUGAAGAUCUUACCGGUGGAGUCACGACUGAGCUGCUAACGUCUGAUAUCCUCGACGAAGACGAGCUUUGGGAGAAUGAAAUUCUUAAAGUUAACAAAGACUUUUUAUUCGGCUGCGCCACAGGCCUUGUGCGAGAAGUAUAUGGAGAUCGAGAUGGAAUUGUCGAAGGGCAUGCAUAUGUCAUCAUGGAAGCCCGGCAACUGUCGACUGGAGAGCGGCUUGUGAAGCUUCGCAAUCCUUGGGGUAAAGGCAAGAAAGGCAACUGGGAAGGACCUUGGUCUGAUGGCAGUAAGGAAUUCACGCCUGAAUCACAGCAGGAGCUGGGUCAUAAGUUUGCCACCGAUAGUGUGUUCUGGAUCUCGUACGAGGACAUGCUCCGCAAGUAUCAGCAUCUCGAUCGGACUCGACUUUUCGUGGAUUCUCCGGAUUGGCGUGUCACCCAGAAGUGGGUCAGCGUUGACGUUCCCUGGAAGUCACAGUUUGAGGCGAGAUUUACAAUUACGUUAAAGAAAGAAUCGCCUGUUGUUUUGGCACUUAGUCAACUUGACGACCGAUACUUCGAAGCAUUACAGGGACAAUACACUUUUUGGCUCCAAUUUCGGCUACAUGGAGUUGAUUCAGCAGGAGAGGAUGACUUUAUCAUGCGCAGUCAUGGGAAUUACUUGAUGGAGCGAAGCGUGGUUGCUGAACUGAAAAGUCUUCCAGCUGGCACUUACACUGUGUUCGUCAUGGUCACAGCUGAACGUGACCUGAAGAAACUGACGGCGGAAGAAGUUGUCAAGGCAGAGUCCAGGUCGAAAGUUAACAAUGACAAGUUGGCUCAGGUCGGCAAGGCAUAUGAUCUUGCUCAUAGCAAAGUAACUACGUAUAUGGACUCGAAUGCCAAAGCCAGCAAGGAGAAAGAUAAGGCCAAGGCACGAACAGCACGAAUCGCAGCACGGAGAAAGCGUUGGGAGAAGAUGCAUUCGACUCGCGAUGCUAUGAGGAAGCAGGAUAAAAAGAACAAAGAAAAACGUGAACAGAAAGAAAGUAAUGACAGGGCUAAAGCAGCGGCGAGGGAAGGAAGAAUCCCAAUCGACAAGGGAGCCCAGGCCAAUAUUAGGGACGUUGGGCUUGAUAAGGUUGAUAAAGCUAUUCAAAUUGGAGAUAUGGUAUCCGCACCAGCCAAGAUGGAUUUGCCACCAGCCACCGGUUCCCAGCUACCGAAGGAGAGGGAGGACAGCGGCUUACAGACAGAAGGCAAUGCGGUUAGUCCAUCCUUAGAAUCUCAGGGAAUGCCCGACACGCCAGAGAGUAGCACCAUGCCUAUGUUCCAACACCCACCACUAGUUCGGCUUCCCUCAAAUCACCCAGCUCCAGGUCCAGGACUACCGCCACAACGUCAUUUUGAUGAGAGACCCCUUCAAAGACACCCAGCACAGGGCUUUGCGCCUUAUAACCGUGAUCAGCAAUACCUACCUUCGGAGGGCGAAUCAAGCGCCAGCCCCGUUUCAGAUUUUGAGGACGGGUUUAGUGAUGAGGAGCCAGCAGUAGUGGCCAGACCAAUUCAUGACCAUGGACAACCGAGGAGGGAGGAUGGGCCAAAAGGCUAUGACAGUGAUUAUGAAGAUGGAAUAGAUCCCUGGAAUGCGGUUUGCAUUGUGGGCUUGAGGGUAUAUAGCAAGGAUAAAGGGUUGGAGGUCAAGGUUUAUGAGGAGGACGAUAAAGUGGUGAAGAAUAUUUGA